AUGCUUAGCAAGCUUACAACACAAAUCGCAUUGCGGAAAGCCGGGCUGGGCGGAAUAAAGAUACCGGAUCCGUUUGCCGCCAGUGAAUCGAAAAGCUCGAAAAGCACUCAAGGUUCAGAGGGAGGGGGCUUUGCAAACCCCUUUGCCAACGUCAAAUGGGGCGCACCCAAGGCCUUCGCUUCGUGGACGACUCCACCUCCAACGCAGUUUCCGGUACAGCCGGCGCCAGUCGCUGGUGAUAAGGCCAAGUCUAGUGUCAGGCUCCGGUUUCCAGCAGUCGAUGGGAGACCUUGUGUUGUGUUAUUCUUAAGAUACUGCGGUUGUCCCUUUACAGAGAAGCUAUUCCUCCACCUUCGGUCCUUAGCGAACAGGCACACCUCAAUACACUUCGUCGUCGUAUCACAUUGCACUCAAGCCGCUACCAACGAAUGGGUGAAGAAACUAGGCGGACCGUGGAUGUUGGAUAUAAUUGUCGACAUAGACAGAGAGCUCUACGCGCUCUGGGGACUCGGCAUCUCGAGCUACGCUCAUGUGCUCAACCCGCGGAACGGCUACAACCAAUACAUGCUCGGCAAAAAGGAAGGCGUGUGGGGGCAAGAAGUUGGAGAAGGGGGUUGCAGGUGGCAGACGGGCGGCGCGUACGCCAUCGACGGCCGGGGCAUCGUCAAGUGGUCCUACCCCAUGAAGAGUGUCGACGACGCAAUACCGAUCGAUGAAGGCAUCAAGGAGCUCGGGAUUGUUCGCUGA